CCGUAUCUUUAUCCCCCCUCUCUCUCUCUCUCUCUCUCUCUCUCUCUCUCUCUCUCUCUCUCUCUAGGGUUUCAUAAUAAAUCGCUUCCCUCUAUGAAUUCAAUUCCAUUUUCUUUCCUCCCUUCAGUCGGCGAUCUAACACUAAUGAUCGUCAAUGUGUCCCGCACCCUAGUCGCCAAAAUGGGUGAUACUGAUAGUAAAGACGAGAGGCAUGAAGCACCACCAUCUGGAUCUGCGGUUCGUGACGAUGCAUCUGAAUCCUUUUGUUAUGCAUCGGAAGAUGACGAAGAAACCCAAAUACAUUUGGGUUCCAAAAUUAGCAUCAAAGAACACCUCAAAAAGGAUAAGGUAUCACUACUGCUGACACAAGCUCACGAGCCGUUUGAUUCAAACAGAAGAAUAAGGCUACAACCGAUUCAAGAAAAUGGUUGACACAAUGAUGAAUUUUGCAAUUUUUUCCAUUGAAGUGGUUUAAUCAUUACAUAAAGGUGAAGAAUUUGAGCUAGAGGAGAAUGAAAAACUACAUUAUAUUUUGGUGUAUUCAUCUAUGAUAGAAUGCGUAUUUAAUUAUAAAUAGUAGUGUAUUCAUGUGUGAAUGAGUGUAUUUAUUUAUGAUUAGAGGUUUGUUAAUUCUUACACUAUUUUUAUUUUGUAUUUAUUUAUGAGUACCAGUGUAUUUAUUUGUGAAAAACAGUGUAUUCAUGUGUGAAUGGUUAUUUUUAUUUAUGAAUAACAUUG